ACAGAUCAUUUCUAUGAGCAAUAUGAAAAGCUUUCCCAAAUUCUAUUGGUGUUUCAUCUUCCUUCUUCACGUACAACAAUCUUUCGGUAGUUUUCCAGCUUUGCCGUUUUCGAGCAGAAAGGCUUGCGUGUCCUUCGAUGAUGGCGUCGACUAUACGGGACAUGACAUAUUCAUAAACGGAACCCAGCUUAUUACUCGGGAUGUGGCCUCUCCCUCUCUGUGUCAAUUGGAAUGCCAAGAGGUCAAACAAUGCCUGUUUUGGUCAUACUCGAAGCAUAGUUUUCCUGACUAUAACGCCAGGCGCUUCUGUUACCUCAAGACCUCUAUGGAUGGCAUCCAGUACAACGAUCACAUCAUAUCCGGCCCCAAAAUCAGUCAAUGCCCUAAAUGUUACACAAUUCGACCACCAGACCGCUUAAACAAUACAGUUCAAGGCUCACGAUCGCAAACAAACCGUAGCAUAACAUUGGAGAGCUGUAAGGAGUUGUGCAAGGUGAAACAGUGUGACCAUUUUUGGUAUUACGCCGGACCUUCACAACUGAUCAUAAACAAGACAUGCGACCUUCAGUUCAAGCCCUUGAAAAGGAAGAAAGGGGUCUCUCAACGAGACUAUGUCCUAUUUUUAGGCUCUUGUUUCGUCCCCCAUUCCAUGACUCUAUUCAUUGCGGUUGGGGUCGUUACCGUUUUGACCGGAUUGGCGAUGGGAUACCUCCUAGUUUGGAAGUGCAAAAGAAGAAAAUCAAAAGAAGAAGAUUUCAUUGUUCCCAUGGAACUGGCCUCAACAAGAAGCUUGAGUGUGGAGGAGGCGGUGCAACCAAAGUUGAAACCAGUUCAGAAAACCAACGGACCUAAGCACUUCUGUUUAAGUUUGGACAAGUUUAAUGACUUGUAUACAUCACAAACCAUUCCAUUGCGGAACGAAUUUAAAAAGUUGUGUCAAGUUGACAGCGAGAGACACAGGUUUCACACAAAUAUUGGAGCCCUUCAUAAUCUGGUAGAGAAGGGAGAGAUGAAUUGUUCAUAUGAAAGUCUACCAUUUGACCACAACCGUGUAAUAUUGAAGCAAAAAAUCAAUCAUGCGGAUUAUAUCAACGCCAGUUGGGUUUUGGGCUUAUUCCAGAGCCAGCCAAAAUUCAAAUUCAUCCUUUCUCAGUGGCCAAUGAAUCACACUCUUCAACACUUCCUAACCAUGAUAGAUGAUAAUGGUGUGGACAUUGUCGUAACUUUAGGAGACAUGGAAAAUGCAAAUCUCAAAUGUUCUAGAUUGAACAGAUAUUGGCCCGAUCCAAGGCAAUCCUUCACGGCCGCAACUCACACGAUCUCCACCAAGUCAGAGUCCCUCAUCCAGGAUCAUGGCACCCUUGUAAGGAGGAUGUGCCAGCUCAACAGAAACGGAUAUACCUACUCAUUCACGCAAUUCCAAUGCACAGUAACAGAUCCUAGAGAGGUGGAUCCCAACGAUCUGGUUUGGCUGGCCCGAACUGUCUUUCACAUGAUUUGUUUUAAGACUCCGAUGAUAUUGAUCCAGUCCACAGACGGCCAAGGGCUCAGCGGAGUUUUAAUAGCUUUGCUGAAGAUCCUGGAAGACAUUGAUUUGGGCAAUGCCAAAGUCGUAAAUAUUUACGAGACUGUCUUGGCUUUGGGACAAUACAGGCAGAACUUGAUCAAAGAUGAGCAACACUAUCGUCUCCUGUAUUCAUGUGUCCACAAAAUGAUUUCUAUUUCGCCUGGAUCUUCGAGGUAUACUUAGAAAUGUCAAUUGAAUUAUUUAUUAAUUGAGUUAUUUGCAUUUUUCAUAACAAGAAACGAUAUAUCAUUGACCUGUCUCAAUCAACUUUAAAAUAAAAUCAACUACAAUUACCCAAAAAUAUGGUUCAAUGGCAAACCCUGAACCAGAUCAAUUGUUGCCGCAAAAUUCAAAUUCAAUCAAAAUUGGGACACGUACUUACAUUGGGUUUUAUCUUACCCUUCGAUGUAAAAUAACCGUUCCAGCAUACAGGUAAGACUAAAACAUAGUUGGAAAUAUUGAUAAGAAGUUGAUGAAAAAUAAGAAAAGAGGGUUCAGAAAGUCAUAAAAUUUUACAUUUUUUGACGUUUUCAGCCAUUUUCUGUUGUUUUAAUGACCAAGCUUACAUUAUCCUUUUUGUCUUUCGCUUCUUGCACUUCUUGCUGU